AUGCAGACAUUUGUAACACAGCAGUGGAAGAAUAGCAAAGAGAAAUCUAAUUGUACGCACAAUAAGAAGGUGUCUGACAAAAAGGUGAAAUCCCCUCUGCACAUCUUUUCUACAUUGCGCAGGUCGCCAAGUUAUCCUCCACCUGGCUGUGGUAAAAAUAAAUCAAAACUGAAGUCAGAACAAGAUGGCAUCUCCAAAACUCACAAGCUACUGAGAAGGACUUGCUCCAGCACAGUUAAGGCAGAGGACGUGUGUGCCACAAAAUCUCACAGAACCUUUGGCCGCUCGUUGUCUAGUGACCCCAGAGCUGAACAGACAAUGGCUAUUAAAUCGCACAAACUCUUGAAUCGUUCUUGCUCUGCAGCCGUCAAGCAGGAGGAGUGCAUUACUUUAAAGCCCCACAAGUUAUUAAGUAGGUCAUGUUCUGGGGAUCCUCGAUGUGAGCACAACAGCACCUUGAAGCCCCACAAACUUUUAAGCAGGUCUUACUCCAGUAAUCUUAGAAUGGAAGAAUUGGAUGGAUUGAAGAAUCACAAAUUACUCAGCAAGACCUACUCCAAUGCCCCUAAAUCAUCCAAAAUGGAGCCUUUCAAGGAGUCCAACAUAGCAGAGGGCAGGCGGCUCUCUCUUACCUCAGGGCUUAUUGGUAUCUUAACACCAUCUUCAUCAUCACCUUCACAAGCUGCUCAAAACUAUGGUGCAAAAUGCAUUCCGGUACGAGACCGUGGCUUUCUUGUGCAGACUAUUGAAUUUGCUGAGCAGCGGAUACCAGUAUUGAAUGAAUACUGUGUAGUUUGUGAUGAACCCCAUGUGUUCCAGAAUGGCCCUAUGCUGAGGGCUCUCUUAAUCUCUUACUGAGGAUACGUAAAGAGGCUAUCUUACUGAAGAGAAUUAAGAGGAAAUUCUUAAUAUUUCGCUUGGGAAUUCCUGUUUGAAACAGAUUAUGGACCUUGCAGGACAUCU